UAAUAUAAUUCUUAAUAUAACCAUGAAUAGCAAUUUUUUGGCGUUGCGUCCACUAAUGCGCGCCUAUCAGCGACGCUUUGCCGCAAACCUGACCGACCACCAGGCGGCAAUGAUGGCGCGCGGUCUGCCCAAAAGGGAGAAACUGAUUGGAGUCGAGGAUAUUAUAGUCGUAGCGUCUGGAAAGGGGGGAGUGGGAAAAAGUACCGUGGCAGCUAACUUUGCCUGCAGUCUGGCGAAGUUGGGAAAGCGUGUGGGUCUGUUGGAUGGAGACAUUUUUGGUCCGAGCAUUCCUCUUUUAAUGAACGUGCACAGCGAGCCGCUAUUGAAUAGCCGGAAUCUGAUGAUUCCGCCUCAAAAUUACAACGUAAAGUGCUUGUCAAUGGGCAUGCUUACGCCACCCGAUGAAGCCAUCAUUUGGCGCGGUCCACUAGUGAUGUCAGCCGUGCAGCGACUACUAAAAGGAGCCGAAUGGGGUCCAUUGGAUGUUUUGGUCAUAGACACUCCUCCAGGCACGGGAGAUGUUCAUCUCUCCCUAACUCAGCAUACACACAUCACAGGUGUUAUUCUGGUGUCCACUCCGCACGCCGCCGCUGUGGAGGUUACUCUGAGAGGUGCGAAGAUGUUUGAAAAGUUAAAAGUUCCCAUCUUUGGUCUGGUUGAGAACAUGAGGUUCUCCAUUUGCGACAACUGCAAGCAGCGCAUAGAAUUUUUUAAAGAUGCUUCCUCCUCGAAGUCGCUUCCUGACAGGCUUAUAUCCUUACCACUUAACUCUCACAUAGCCGAGUGCGGCGAGGAAGGAGUGCCUGUAGUUAUAAAAUACCCAGAUACCGACUAUUCCACACUCUUUACUCAACUGGCUGGACACAUUUUACAAGUUAUGGAGGAACGAAAGACCGCUUCAGGGCAAGAUUUUAGACCCUGAUGGCAAUUAUAUGAUAAACGUGUUACAAAAUCAUUGAAUGACAAAGUUGUGCAAUUGA